CUCUCUCGUUUCUCCCUGCUUCGUCGUGGCGACCAGUUCAGGCUUGACGCCGACAAGUAAUUCCCUGGCGUUCAUCGGUUCAAGCUACGGAGAAGAGCAUCCCUGGCCACACGCGCGCGCGCCACUUCGGUCGUCCGGUCGCCGGUUUGAAAUGCCGACGAGCUAUACAAUGAUCUGCACUUCAUACUCAAGGUUCCUCCUUCCCAAGCACCGUAGCAAGGCUAGGCCAUGGGCUCCCGCCGUCAUCCGACCUCCACACCAGUAGUCCUGGUGCUGCUGCUGCUACACCUCUACUAUGCCCCGCGCUGGGCCUUCUCGCUCAGCUUCAGCCUCAACUUCUCCGGCCCCGGCGCCGGCUCGUCGGUCGACUUGGACGGUGACGCAUCCAUCAGGCCGCCAAGGCUCGAGUUGACAAGGAACCUCCUGAGCAGCGUCGGCCGGGCAUCGUACGCGCAAAAGGUGCCGCUAUGGAACGGCGCCACCGGCGAGAUGGCUAGCUUCACCACCAACUUCUCCUUCCAGAUCACUCCGCUGAAGCCCGUCUCCGGCGAAGGGAUGGCCUUCUUCCUCGGCCACUUCCCGUCGGAGAUCCCGCCCCAGAGCGCCGGCGGCAGCCUCGGCCUCCUCCCGGCCCUCAUCAACGGGACGGGACCCACGCGGAUCGUCGCCGUCGAGUUCGACACUCUCGACAACUUGUACUACGGCGGCGUCGGCCCGAACCAUGUCGCCAUCGACGUCAACUCCAUGAUCUCCACGGCGUCCACGCCCACCACGAGCACGCCGGGCAAGAACCUCACGUCGCCCUAUGUUAUGCAGGCCUACGUGAGGUACCACAAUGUGUCCAAGAUGUUGGCCGUUGAUCUCCUCAUCGACGAUGCCUUGUACCAGGUCAGCACAACCGUCGAUCUGAGCAAAGAGCUACCGGAGGAGGUCGCUGUGGGCUUCUCCGCGGCGACCGCAGACUCCUCCCAGCUUCACCGGAUACUCUCAUGGUCAUUCAGUUCCACUCUACCUCCUCUUCCGAUCAGGAACAACAACAAGAAGAAGUUAGUAAUGAUCCUAUCAUCUGUACUAGUCCCAUUCCUUUCUUUGCUGGUAUGUGUGGCCGUGGUGUUAUGCCGGCGGCACAAGAAAAUGAAGGCAAAUAAUGAGGACAACCAAGAACGGUACGCCCACAGAGCUGACCUCGAGAGAGGUGUGGCUGCCGGCGGCCCCAGACGGUACACGUUCAACGAGCUGGUUGCCGCAACAAAACACUUCGCGGAAGAGGAGAAGCUCGGCCGAGGCGGCUUCGGAAGCGUUUACCGGGGUCACCUCACGCUCUCAUCGGCAGCCGCCGGCCGUCGUGCGGUGGCGGUAAAGAUGCUGUCGACGGAAUCAUCGGCGCAAGGGAGGAAGGAGUUCGAGGCCGAGGUGAGGAUCAUCAGCAGACUGAAGCAUCGCAACCUUGUGCAGCUCCUGGGCUGGUGCGACAGCCGCAAGGGGCUCCUCCUCGUCUACGAGCUCGUCUCGGAGGGCAGCCUAGACAGGCAUCUCUACAGCAAGGGCAGAUGUCUGACAUGGCCACAGAGGUACAAGAUCAUCCUCGGCUUGGGAUCGGCGCUGCACUACCUCCAUGGAGAGUGGGAGCAAUGCAUCGUGCAUGGCGACAUCAAACCCAGCAACAUCAUGCUCGACUCGUCGCUCAACACCAAGCUCGGGGAUUUCGGGCUGGCCCGGCUCGCCGACCACGGCACGGGGUUGAUGCAGACUACCAAGGCCGUGCUCGGCACCGUCGGGUACAUCGACCCGGAGUUCGUCAACACGCGGCGGCCGUGCACCGAGUCGGACGUGUACAGCUUCGGCGUCGUCCUCCUCGAGAUCGUCGCCGGCCGGCGGCCGGUGAUGGAGACCGCGGGGAAAUCCUUCACGCUGGUGAGGUGGGUGUGGAGCCUGUACGGGAGGAACGCGAUCAUCGACGCGGCGGACGAGCGGCUGAGGGGCGACGAGGCCGACGAGCGGUGGAUGGGGCGGGCGCUCGUCGUCGGGCUCUGGUGCGCGCACCCGGACAGGAGCGAGCGGCCGUCCAUCGCGCAGGCCAUGCACGUCCUGCAGUCCGACGAGGUCAGGCUGCCGGCGCUGCAGCUGCACAUGUACAGGGCAACGCCGGACCCCGCAACGUACGCCGGCCCGUACGAGGCUUUCUCCAUUGACUGCUCCACCUCCAGCUCCGGCUGUGUUCGCUCUUCUUUGGUCAACACCGGUGACACCACUCAUUCUUCCGACUCGUCCUCGACUGCGUUGCUACGGAACUCCAAGGAUCUACUCCCGAUUUGUAAAGCUUGAUUAAAUUUUCUAGUUACAUCCACCAUGCAUUGACAGCAACGAUUAUUUUGUGGGGAAAGUUGCGUCUAAACCUCAGAGCACCCAACCCCUUUAUCUAACCA